AUGUAUAACAUUUCAGCUGUGACCGAUCCAUGCAAAGCUGCACCAAGAAAUCCUGGAGUUGGUGACUAUAAGGCAACAAGAUGGGCAUUUGACUCAUCAACGAGAAAAUGCAUUCCUUUCGAAUAUCGUGGAAUGAAAGGAAAUGCGAAUAAUUUCAUUUCAAGAGAAUCCUGUGAAGUGAAAUGUCCUGUUUUCUUGAACCCAUGCAAAGUUGGUGAUCCAUUUCAAUCGGAUGGAAGAUAUCAAGUGUGCAACCCCGAGUCCCCUUGUCCGGCUCGUUUCUAUUGUCACGUUGGAGAGGCGACGAAUUAUUGCUGUCCGAUGCUAGGUGGAGAUCCUUGUGGACAGCCGAUGGAUCGAGGAACGGGCGGGGCACAGUUGCAAAGAUGGUACUGGAACGUGAAUCAGCAAUGUUGUCUACCUUUCUCUUAUUGUGGCCUCAAAGGAACCCAAAACAAUUUCCUCUCGAGAACCGAUUGCGAGCGAACGUGUUACGAACUCGAUAAUCCUUGUGCUGGCGGUGAACCCCUUUUGGGUCAAGACAAUCGUCCAUUACAAUGUCCUGCACCUGAUGCACCCGUUUGCGGGAAUGUGAAUUGGUGUCACAUUGGCGGAAAUCAACAGACAACUGUUUGCUGUCCGAAUCGAGUAAACGGUGAAGAUAUCUGUCAACUGCCACUCGUUGAAGGCGAUGGUGAUUUCCAAUUGGAUCGUUUCUAUUUCGAUUCGACUACUCGUCAAUGUCUUCCUUUUGUUUACAAAGGCCGACUUGGAAACCAAAAUAAUUUCCUCACUCAGGAAGCGUGUGAAAAUCUUUGUCCAGUGUUUGUAAAUGUUUGCCCAAUGGGUCAACCUCUUCUCGACUCAUCGAAUCGACCAAUUCCCUGUACUUUUGGAUCGGAUUCUUGUGGAGAUCAUCAUUGGUGUCAUUUGGGUCUUGUACCCGAUGAAUAUCAGUGUUGCCCGGGAACUCCCACAUAUCCUGGAGCUUGCCAGGAUGGUCCAUUUAUUGUUGGGAAUAUCUCCGACCGUGCCCCACCAGCUCAACGAUGGUAUUACGAUAAAACACAAAUGAAAUGCUUGACAGCAACUUACAAUGGACGAGCCGGUUCACAAAAUAAUUUCCUCACUAAAGAAGAUUGUGAAGCGACUUGUGAGGUCUACGAAAGUCCGUGCAAUCUUCCGAUCUCUUUGCCGGCAACGAGCUGUCAAGCGGACAAUAUGUGUGGACCAUCUCAAUAUUGUCAUUUCGGUCUUGUUCAAGAUACGACUGUUUGUUGCCCAUCCGAAGGCGAUGCUUGCUCAUUGCCGUUGAACCGAGGCCAAGGACAGGGAUCAGCACAAAGAUGGUACUACGAUCAAAAUUCGUACUCCUGCCUGCCAUUCCAAUAUGCGGGAACAAAAGGAAAUUCGAAUAAUUUCUUGACACAACAGGCUUGUGAGGAGCGUUGCGGCCCGAAUCCGUGCUUUGAGGGAAGACCUUUCCAGGGAGCCGAUGGCCGUACUCAGACUUGCACCGCUUCAGCCUCAAUCAACACUUGCCCCGCCUCGUAUUGGUGCCAUGUUGGAGCUGAUAUGAGUCUAACUGUUUGCUGUCCGGGAGCUUCGACCAAUGUCUGCAAUUUGCCGAUGUCCACUGGUGAAGGAAAUUACAAUUUGGAUCGGUACUAUUUCGAUUCGACGUCGAGAACCUGCCGACCCUUCAAGUACAACGGAUUGAAAGGAAAUCAAAACAACUUCUUGACCCUGAGAUCUUGCCAACUAUCAUGUCAACCCCUCGACAACCCUUGCAUCGGUCAGCCAGCGGUCACCGCUGCCGGGCAAGUUCUCUUCUGCUCGGCAACGAAUAAGGAUGCUUGCCCAAUCAAUUUCUAUUGUCACAUCGGCGCCAGCCCUGAAACAACUGUCUGCUGUCCGGGAGCCACCAACCCAUGCUCGGUCCCAUUGGCGCCUGGAACGGGAAUUGCUGGACUUCCAAGAUACUACUACAAUCCCGAUGAUCGACAAUGUGAGCCAUUCACGUACAAUGGAAAAAGAGGAAAUCAAAACAAUUUCCUCUCACAAACCGAAUGUGAGAGAACGUGUCCAGUGUUCACGGAUCCGUGUCUUGAUGGAGAAGCUUUGAAGAAAACGAUUGCAUUAUCUGAACAAGAUAAACACAAUCAAUCAACCUCACCACAAUGGUGUGAUCCGAUGCGACUCGCUCAUUCUCCAUCGUGUCCCCGGGGCUAUUUUUGUCUUCCCGGCGAUCAACAAUUCAAUCGAUCCAGUGUCUGUUGUCCAGCUAGAUUUGGGGAUCCCUGUGAAGCUCCACUAAAUGAGGGUCACGGCAAUCUCUCUCUUCCUCGUUUCUAUUAUUCUUCUUCUGAAGGCGCUUGUCAUCCAUUUGCUUAUCGUGGCUCAAAAGGCAAUGAGAACAACUUCCUCUCAAAGCACCUCUGUGAAGAAAGUUGUGCACCAGUUGGAAACGUUUGCUUUGGUGGCGAUACUCCGUUGAUUCAAGAGGGAAAAAUUGUUCAAUGUAUCUCGUCGUGUCCAAUUGGAUAUUUUUGUCAUCGGGGAGCUAAUCCACGAACGACUGUUUGUUGUCGGAGUCAAGGCAACCCAUGCGACGCUCAGUUAAUGCCCGGUGUUGGUGAUGCUGAACUGGAGAGAUAUUUCUAUGAUACCGUCACUGAUGAGUGUGUUCCUUUCAAUUACACAGGAAUCGGUGGCAAUGAGAAUAACUUCAUGAGCAAGAAUCAAUGCCAAAUCGCUUGUCCAGGUCUUCGAGGCUAUUGUCCUCAUGGUCGUCCCCAUUCGGCUCCCCUCGGUGGUCGAUCUGAUUCGAAUCAUUCAAAAGCAUCGUCGCAUGUUGUCACUUCAUGUGGAGUCGAUAUUCCGUGUCUAAUCAAUCACGUCUGUCAUGUGACUAGAAGAACCGGGAAAUCCGUGUGUUGCCCUGAUCCGGCCUCAUUCUGCAUUCUUCCAAUCGAAACCGGCCGCUGCUCGCUGAAUCUCACUCGGUUUGCGUAUGAUAGACAUACGGGAAGUUGCACAAAGUAUUAUUACUCGGGUUGUGGCGGCAAUUUGAACAAUUUCGAGUCACUCUCGGAUUUAAUCUCUAUGAGAUAUUUCUACGAGUUUCACAAAAAUAAAGAAUUAUGUUUGCUAUCGAUCGAUCGAGGAGCGUGCGCGAAUCGAGUGUCAAGAUACGCUUUCGAUAGGCAAACGAAUCAAUGUAUCGCUUUCGAGUACACCGGUUGUGGUGGAAAUCUCAACAACUUUGCCUCCUAUGAGGACUGCGAAUCGACAUGUGCUAAAGUUCGUUUCCGUCGA